AUGCCGAGAACCAACAGGCAAAGGGAAUAUAAACCUGGAGACCUGGUGUUCGCUAAGAUGAAGGGUUAUCCACAUUGGCCUGCGCGGAUUGAUGAGUUGCCUGAAGGAGCUGUGAAAUCUCCCUCAAACAAGUACCAGGUUUUCUUCUUUGGGACCCAUGAAACGGCAUUCCUUGGCGCCAAAGAUCUGUCUCCAUAUGACGAAUUUAAGGAUAAAUUCGGAAAAGCCAACAAGAGAAGAGGUUUUGCUGAGGGCCUUUGGGAGAUUGAGAACAAUCCUACCGUUACCCAUGAGGAGUACGAGGCAUCAAAGAACAAUGAUGAAAAUGAUGCUUCUGAAGUGACCGGUGAAGAGGAGAAAGGCGGCAGCAGUGAUGAAGACGAAGGGGCUUUGGUCAUCGACGAAAAGAAUGAAAAAGGAAACAAACGUAAAGGAUCAGAAACUACGGAGUUGUCAUCUAAACGGCAAAAAGACACACAAAAAGUGGAGGAUUCGAAAGUAGAUGGGGACAAGUCCAACGAGGAGCUCAAAGUCAAUAAUGUGGAUGGACCUAAGGAAACGACACCAAGUGAAACUGAAGAGGAAAACGUGGCCACUGCAGAAAAGCCUGCGUCAGACAUUUUCAUCCUGGCCUGUAGGGGUCGCUGUGCUUGUGUCCAUGGCUCUCUCCAUGUGACAUUGCCAUCACGAGAGGACAGCACAAUGAGACUGACGGCGUGGUUGGCGAUGGCUCAGAGGGUCAUCGUUCCUAAAGACUAUCGUUAUGGCACAAACAGACCAUGGACACAAGCGGCAAAGCGGCUGAACCCGGCAGGAAAGAAGCGAAGGAAGGUGUUUGUGGAACCCAUUGCCCCAGAAGACUGGAGUGUGUUCAGGGGAGACAGAGUUGAAAUUCUCGCAGGCAAAGACAAAGGAAAACAAGGAAAAAUCAUCCAGGUUUUCAGACACAGGAACUGGGUGAUGCUGGAAGGACUUAAUACACAUCACAGAUAUGUUGGAAAAACCCCAGACUAUCGUGGGACAUACAUCGCUGCAGAAGCUCCUCUCCUGCUCAGAGACGUCGCCCUCGUCGAUCCCUCUGAUAAGAAGCCCACUGAUGUGGAGUGGAGGUUCACGGAGGAGGGAGAGAAGGUCCGGGUUUCUCUCAGAACUGGUCGAAUUAUCCCUAAACCUGUGGUGGAGAGAAAAGAUGGAAUUAUCCCACAACAAUGGAAAGAUGGUCCCAAAGACACCAGUCCUGACGCGGCGCUAGAAAAAACCUAUGUUCCUUCACUGAAGACUCUGGAGGAGGAGGUGAUGGAAAAGAUGGGCAUCGAGGAGAGCAGGCGGCAGAGACGGUCUUAUUGGUAUUAA